UUUUUUUUGGUUACUUCUCUCAUCUUUUUUGUUCUCAUCCACAAUCUUUUCUUUUUUUUUUUCUCUCUUUUCCUUUUUAUCAAUGGACGUUAUCAUGACUGAACCCAGUGUCGCUCUAGUGUAUGCUGACAUUAACUUGAAACAAGCAAAAGAUUACUAUGAAUACGAUAAUUUACAAGUACAGUGGGGGAUACAAGAUAACUAUGAAAUAUGUCGAAAAGUGGGUCGUGGCAAAUAUUCAGAAGUAUUCGAAGGUGCUAAUAUGUUGACUCAGGAACGUUGCGUGAUUAAGGUACUCAAGCCUGUGAAAAAGAAGAAAAUUAAACGUGAAAUCAAGAUUUUACAAACGUUAAAUGGUGGUCCUAAUAUUAUUGCCCUAUUGGAUAUUGUCAGGGAUCCACAGUCCAGAACGCCUUCCUUGGUGUUUGAAUGUGUCGACAAUACAGAAUUCAAGAUUCUCUAUCCUCGAUUUACUGAUUAUGAUGUACGAUAUUAUAUGUAUGAACUACUCAAGGCACUUGAUUAUUGUCAUUCAAAAGGGAUUAUGCAUCGUGAUGUAAAACCUCACAAUGUGAUGAUCGAUCAUGAAAAGAAACAGUUAAGGUUGAUUGAUUGGGGAUUGGCUGAUUUUUAUAUACCUGGAACUGAUUACAAUGUACGUGUAGCUUCAAGAUGUUACAAAGGACCAGAAUUAUUAGUGGACUUUCAACGAUACGAUUAUAGUUUGGAUUUAUGGUGUUUUGGAGCAAUGUUGGCAGGCAUGAUUUUCAGAAAAGAUCCCUUCUUCAAUGGUCAAGAUAAUUAUGAUCAAUUAGUCAAAAUUGCUCGUGUUCUUGGUACAGAGAGUUUACAUGCUUAUUUGAGAAAAUACAAUAUUACAUUGGAUUCACAUUUUGAUGGUAUUCUUGGAAGUUACCCACCAAAACCUUGGACAAAAUUUGUAGGACCUACUAACAAAAAGUAUGCUUCUCCUGAAGUAUUUGAUUUACUGGACCGUCUCUUACGUUAUGAUCAUCAAGAACGAUUGACUGCCAAACAAGCCAUGGAACAUGAUUGGUUCAAACCUAUUCGAGAAAAGGAAUCUUCAUAGAAAUCUUUUAGUUUAUUCCAUACCCGCUUUUUUUUUUUUUUUU